CAAUCCAAGGGAUAAAGGCAAAAGUCCUCACCGGUUUGACAGCGAACGAAUGGAGUGGACCCGGACUCUUCUCUGAAGUGGGGGAUUGUUAAUUUCAGAUUGUCGCAUAAACAAAUAAAAAUCGGUUAUCUACCUUUCAGGUAUAUUAUAAUCAAACAUGGCUGUCUACAAAAUAGUGUUGAUUCGCCACGGAGAGAGCAACUGGAACCAAGAGAAUCGGUUCUGCGGCUGGUUCGAUGCAGAUUUGAGCGAAACCGGGGAGAAGGAGGCGAAUAGAGGUGGACAGGCCCUGAAAGAUGCCGGCUUUGAGUUUGACAUUUGCUACACCUCCGUGCUGAAGCGAGCCACUAGGACACUUUGGCUGGUCCUGGACAGCAUUGACCAGAUGUGGGUGCCGGUGCAUCGGACCUGGCGCCUCAAUGAGCGCCACUACGGAGGCCUGACAGGGCUGAACAAGGCAGAGACAGCCGCGAAGCACGGAGAGGCUCAGGUGAAGAUCUGGAGGCGCUCAUUUGAUACCCCUCCUCCCCCCAUGGGCCCCGACCAUGACUACUACAGUAUCAUCAGCAAGGAUCGUCGCUAUGCAGACCUGACUGAGGACCAGCUUCCUUCCUGCGAGAGCCUUAAGGACACCAUCGCACGGGCGCUGCCCUUCUGGAACGAAGAGAUCGCACCUCAAAUCAAACAGGGAAAGAGAGUGCUCAUCGCUGCCCAUGGAAACAGUCUGAGGGGAAUUGUUAAGCACCUGGAGGGAAUGUCAGAUGAAGCCAUCAUGGAGCUGAACCUGCCAACGGGCAUCCCCAUCCUCUACGAGCUCGACAAGAACCUGAAGCCUGUGAAGCCGAUGCAGUUCCUGGGAGAUGAGGAGACCGUACGCAAAGCCAUGGAGGCUGUGGCUGCUCAAGGAAAGGCCAAGAAGUAAAGACACAGAAAAGACAUUUCUGUGUUUGACAGAGUAGGUUGUCCCUCACAACUAGUAGUGUUUUUCCUAAAUCCUCAUUUAUUUUGGAUUGUAAUACGUGGUGAGUACACUGUAGAUUGUUGUCAAAGGCAACCUCCCUCUACUUGCACAGCCAGGGAUAGUAGAUGGUUAACGAUUGAGAUAUAGACCCACAGCUCUCAAGAGAUUGUAAAUCAUUUUUGUUAAAAUGGGUUAUUAAUAUAACAAACUUUUAAGAAGGGAGCGUUGAACUGAAAUGGAUAGCAUUGCUGAUAAAGGCAGUGUAUUAUCUGUAGUAAAGAUCCCUAUGGAUCUCUGUGUACUUGUGUACUCCUGUGUACUACAUUAAGCUGUGGUGUCCUAGGCAGGGAUGUUGAAUGUCAGGUUAAAUGGUAAUUAAACCAGUUACAGAAAAAGGAGUAACAUCCUGGCUGUGGUCACUCUUCUGCAGUCAGCAAUAAAAAUCCAAGCCACAGCACAUGUUUUGACACUACACACACAUUGAAGAUAAAGAGGGGGGAAUGAGUGAGACAUGACCCUUCUUGUUGUGGUCUCGGUUUGCUGAUGGUGGUAAGUUAUACCACCUGUGUGUGUCUGAUCAUACUGACUUCAUCAAGACUAGCCCAGGAAAAAAAUAGUUAUCUAGUAUUACAGUUUAAUUAAAAAAAAAAAAGACUUUAUGAGACUUUUUUUGUUUAAAUGAAAGGGACUGCAAAGGAUGGAGAACUUAUUUUCUAUCUCGUUUCUUAAAAGCAUUCCAUUGAUGACUUUUAUUGAUGCAUUCCAUUGAUGAAGAGAUGUAAGUUUGCAAUCUCUUGAGAGCCAAAUGUGACAAUUAGAACAAUUAAACUGACAAUUUGCUAUCAGUAUUGCACUGUAUAAGCUAUAAAUCUAUUAUUUGGAUUAUAGCCCCCCCAGUUUCGCAGUACUAUUUUAAAGCAUGAUUAACAGAAGAUAGAAGGCCUGACUUUAAUUAUUAAUUUUGUUUCUCUGUUUUGCCGCCUUUGGACUGUCUUUGCCACUUGGUGUCAUAUGUAUGUGCCUCCAGUUCCAACUCCUACAGUAGAUUCCUACAGUCUACUAGGAUUUUGUUCAAAAUGUCCCAUUAUGUCUUAUAAUAUUGACAUUUUUCUUUUUUAAAUGUAAACCCCUCUGUGUUGAUUUAAAUGUACCCUGAAAGCUCUGACGGUAAUAAAUAUACAAAUCUAA